CGUGAGCGGGGUGGGCCGGGCUUCAGUCCAGGCACCAUGGCUUCGGUCGGACCCGAGGCCGCUGGUCUGGCCCAAGGCGUCGUGGACAAGGGUUUGUACCAGAGGAAAGAGACUCACGGCUCAGCGGACGGCAAAGAGGAGCAGUCAAAUGGUGACUCAGACAGAACCACCAGAGGGAGCUCUCCUGCUGCAGAGGCCAUGCUGAAUGGGGACGACCAUGGGGAGCAUAAAGCCCUGUCGCAGGGCUCCUCUCUGCCUAAGACUCUGGUAGUGAGUGAGAACGGUACGUCAGAGCCUCCGCACGGCUCUGUGACCGGGAGUAAUGGACUUUCUCUGGGCCAGACACACACAGAUCCCGGGCUCUCCCCACACCGGACUCACAGCUCCUCUGCUGGAGCGCGCACGGACACUCCCCCCGCCCCUCCUCCCACAAGUGGAAACUCACUAAGGACUGACCCCCCAAAAGCCCCCGGGCCCUCAGGAGCCAAAAAUGGCCCUCCUGUCCAAGUGCACCGAGCACGAAAAACUAUGAGUCGACCGGCCGUCAGCGCUGCUCAGAAGCUUCUCAGGCGGGAAAUGCGAGAAUCCAAAGGUGCCAAAGGUGACCAGAUGGACACUAAUGACCCCCAGACCCGCCCUGAGCUGCCCUCCACACAGAACCAGCUACCUCACAGCCCGGCCCAGGAGAAGGUCACCACAACAGCAACCACAACCACAACAACCACAACAACGACGACGACAAGUGACCGGAGCACUGCACAAAGCCCGCCCCCCGCCUCAGCAGACCCCGCCCCCAGCCCUGCUCCUGCCAAACUACAUCUGGUUCCCUUCUCCGGCGCCCUGGUGUCCCGUAAGAAGAAGCGGAGGAUGGGGACCUACAGCCUGGUACCCAAGAAGAAAGCCAAAGUGCUGAAGCAGAGAUCAGUGUUAGAGAUAUUCAAACAGCUGGAGCACACUGCCAAGAGCCCCGAGGUCAAACCAGCAAACCUUAACGGUGAGAAGGUGGCGCACAUUUCUGAGGAGGAGGGGUCCGAGCUGGAGGAGUCUGAGGAGGAACAUAAACCCCCAGAGAAGCCAGUGUCAGAUGUCCCACAGCCCAAACAAGCACCUGAAGGCACCACACAGGUGGUCCAGGAGCAGGAGAGCGAGGAGUCUGCGGAGGAGGAGGCAGAAGAGGAGGGCACAGAGUCUGAUCUGAGCACGGGCUCCAGUGUGAGGCAGAAGAAGCCCAAACAGACACUGAGAGGAGACAAAGCCUGGCUACGGCCCUCAAGGAAACGCAAGAGGAAGCUAAAAGCCAAAGACUCUGAGCUGCAGGAUCAGUCUGAAGCUCCGGUCCAGCUCCAGUCCUCUGAGGAGAAACCACUUUCUCAACCCAGUGAACCCUCUCAACCCAGCCCCCAACCCAAAAACAUGGAACCUAAACCUCCUCAACCCAAAAACAUGGAACCUAAACCUCCUCAACCCAAAAACAUGGAACCUAAACCUCCUCAACCCAAAAACAUGGAACCUAAACCUCCUCAACCCAAAAACAUGGAACCUAAACCUCCUCAACCCAAAAACAUGGAACCUAAACCUCCUCAACCCAAAAACACGGAACCUAAACCUCCUCAACCCAAAAACACGGAACCUAAACCUCCUCAACCCAAAAACACGGAACCUAAACCUCCUCAACCCAAAAACGUGGAACCCAAAAUCCCCCAACCCAGAAAUGUGGAUUCCAAAAAUCCUGAAGCUACCAAUGUGGAACCCAAAAGCUCCCAACCUACUGUAGAACCCACUGUAGAACCCACUGUAGAACCAUCUGUAGAACCAUCUGUAGAACCAACUGUAGAACCAACUGUAGAACCAACUGUAAAACCAUCUGUUGAGCCCGCGGUAGAACCCAGCGUUGAACCCACUGUGAAAACUGGUGUGGAACCCAGCGUUGAAUCCAGUAUGGAACCCAACGUGGAACCACCUGUGGAACCCAACGUGGAUCCUGCUGUGGAACCCGGGGCACAAGUCAGUCCAGAGACCAGCCAGUCGGAGCCCCCCCGCCCCUGCACCCCCCCACAGUCUGCUCCUAAAACAGACAAGAUGGAAACCAGCACUCCUGUGAGGCCUGCAGUAGAGGACAGUCAGGAGCUGCCCCUGUGCAGCUGUCGCAUGGAGACUCCCAAGAGCCGAGAGAUCCUGAUCCUGGCCGACAGGAAGUGCAUGGCCACAGAGAGCGUGGACGGGCAGCUGAGCCGGUGCCAGGGCGCCGUCCUUAAACAGGAAAUGAUGCGACCAUCAAACUCGGUGCAGCUGCUGGUGCUGUGUGAAGACCAUCGCACAGGCAUGGUCAAGCACCAGUGCUGCCCCGGCUGUGGCUACUUCUGUCGGGCUGGCACGUUCAUGGAGUGCCAGCCGGACGUGAGCAUCUCUCACCGCUUCCACCGCACCUGUGCCUCCGUGCUCAAGGGCCAGAGCUUCUGUCCUCACUGUGGAGAGGAGGUGAGCAAGGCCAAAGAGGUGACCAUCGCUAAGGCCGACACCACCUCCACAGUGCCCCCUGUACAGGCGCAGCACCUGCCCACGCCCACUGCUGCCGAGGGGCGGGCAGACACCACCACAGGAAGGUACUACAAACACAGCAGUCCCACCUCUCAUACUCAUAUACUAUUUUUCUGUUUUAGUUUAAAAAUGUAACACAUAAUUCCUCUGACACUGCUCUAAUGCUUUUAUGUGUGUUUGAAGUUCAAAUAAAUCUUCAAUUACUGCCCCUUUAAGCAGUAAUAAAAUACAUUAAAUAGAUUGAUAGCAUUUAUAUAGCGCCUUUCAAGAUCCCCAAAGUGCUUUACAGAUCAUUAUUCAGUCACUCCACACUCAGUGAUGGUAAACUACUACUGUAGCCACAGCUGCCCUGGGGCACACUGACGGAAGCGAGGCUGCCAAUCUGCACCAUCGGCCCCUCCGACCACCACCAUCACUCACACACACACCACUUUCAUACUAGGCAAUGUGGGUGAAGUGUCUUGCCUAAGGACACAACAACAGUUUUUUGCCACUGGCCCCACUGUGGCACCUGGAAUUCCUAGUGGUCUCCCAUCCAAGUACUACCCAGGCCCAGCCUGCUGAGCUUCUGAGAUCUGACGGGUUCAGGCUUUGACAAGCUGGUAUGGCCACAUUAACAUUCUAGUGUUAUUCUUAGCAAUAUCAUCAUAGUAGCUUUUCCGAUAUUUUAUUGUAUCACACUGUAAUUGUUUCAAAUUCUAAAGACUGAGAAACUAAAGAAGACACCAGCAAAUAUUGAACUCUUAAAAAGAGAUUUCCAUCUCAGUGGGUCCAUUUUACACAAUUUUCUUACCUAUAUCAUAAUAACCCUAACCCUGGUUAAAUAUUUAAUAGUUCAUAAAUUAGAUAGAUAAAUUACGCAUGAUCUAACUCUAAACCGUGAAUCCGUCCUGU